GGUUAGUAUGCAACAGCCUGUUUCAGUGGCUAUGUAGCUGCUGCAGCAAGCACCUGGGCCCAUGCAGCCUAUGCAAUGGAUGCCCAAGAUACCUCUAAUGAGUUCCAAGCCUUUCUCUGGAGACAAGAAGAAGGAGGAAGACUUGGACACCUGGGUGAGGACUGUGCCUACUUAUGUGAGGCACAAGCUCACAAGGCCAGAACAAGAAGUUGUAGUGGCUGCCUCCUUUUUAGAAGGAUCAGCAGCCCGCUCGUUGAAUGGCUUAGUGCAGCAACAGGGCUACGGUCAGGAUUUCGAUGUCUGGGCUCAGACUCAGACAUUGGAACAGUUCGUACGGUCAGUCUACAACAGGUGGCAUGACCCGCAAGGGGCUCAAAAGGUCACCGAUGCUAUCAACAACCUGUGUUCCCGAAGGUUCAAGGAUGUUAGAGAGCUAACAAACACCGUAGAACGCCUUCUCGUGGUACCUGGUGUGCUCUUUGACAAGCAGGUUCUCCUGACGGAUUACCUAAGGUGCCUACCUACAGAGGUAAGGACCAAGCUGGUCGAUGAGGCCUAUGUCGAUCAGCACACCUUCGCUUCUUUUAGUACGAAAGCACUGGACAUAGAAGCAAAGUUGGGAUCUGCGCACAAGGUAUCCAAUGAUGGUAGGAAGAGACUGCCCCAAGAUUGGAAGAAAAAGGGUCAGUUAAUGUUCGUUGACCAUGAUGGUCAAACAAUGAAGAUUGACGACUACUCAGAUCUUGGGGAGUUCACAGAGCACGAUGGGGGUGGUGAGACUUCAGAUGUUGGAGUCGUUGCACCCAUCAAGGAAAAGGCUAGGGGGACCAGGAAGAAGAAGGUAGGACGGUCCACGGGUCAGGGCAACCAAGGAACACCCGCAUGGGUAAAGAUUGGUUUAGAGUAUGAGGUGUGGCGUGACUGUGUUGCUAGGGGUACAUGUAUGAACUGUGGCCAUUAUGGUCACACGUCCAGGACUUGCCGCGGCAAGAAGGUCACCACGAAGCGCAAGGAGCUCACAGAGAAGGGAUGGAUACGGCCUAGUACCUCCCCUUACGGUGCGCCAGUCUUAUUUGUUCCUAAGAAGGGAGGUCCGUUAAGGAUGUGCAUUGACUAUAGGGGCCUCAAUGCCAUCACCGUUAAGAACGUGGAGCCCCUACCCCACAUUGACGACCUCUUGGAUAGAGUGCAGGGAUAUCGGUACUUCACAAAGAUAGAUCUGAAGUCCGGAUACCAUCAAAUUGUCGUUAGACCUGAGGACCAACACAAAACCGCAUUUCAGACCACGUACGGUCUGUACGAGUUUGUGGUGAUGCCUUUUGGCCUAUGCAAUGCGCCUGGUACAUUCCAACACGCGAUGAAUAUGAUCUUUCAUGACUACUUGGACAAGUUUAUCGUCGUGUACCUCGACGAUAUUCUCAUCUUUAGUAGGACUGUAGAGGAGCACGCUGAGCACUUGAAAACAGUGCUAGGACUCCUAAGACAGCACCAGUACAAGGUAAACUUGGAUAAAUGCGAGUUUGGUCGCACCAAGAUCUUGUACCUGGGUCAUGAAAUUUCAGCAGAUGGAUUGAGGCCGGAAGAUGCGAAAGUGGCCAGCAUACGUGACUGACCCAGACCUCAAACUGUUACUGAGGUCAGAUCGUUUUUGGGGAUGACGGGCUAUUAUCGUCCGUUUGUGAAGAACUAUAGUACUAUAGCUUCCCCAUUAACAGA